ACGGAGUGAAUGAGCGAACGAGGAUGGAGGAUCGAGAAGGAUGCUCUACGUAUGUAUGCCGAUGCGAUAUGCUCCUGCUGCGCGCUUCUCUACUUUCAACUACGUUCUACGUUGGUUCUCGAGGACGAGAAGAAAGACAGGGGAAAAACUACGAUGACUACGACCGGAGAGGAGGACGAUUACGACGGCGCAAAAGGCGGAUGGCCCGCUCUCCGUCGAUAGAUACUACACAAAACCACUGCCACCGGAUCUUCUCUUUACGAGAGAAUGCAACGUGUUCGAUGCUGCGCGACGAUAUCGCGCGUUUUUUUAUUUCUCGAAACUUUUCUUAUCCUUCUUUUUUUUUUUCUUUCGUUUUUUUUUCUUUUCUUUUCUUUUCUUUUCUUUUCUUUACUUUUGCUUUAUACCUGCUUUCACUUUGACUUUUCUCGCUCGAUGAUCUUUCGAUGAUGGGAUAAAGAAGAGAGAGAGAGAGAGAGAGAGAGAGAAAGAGAAGUGCAAGAAAAAGCGUGCGACGGGCCCGAAUGCAAUAGCGCGCAACGAAGGAGCUCGAAAAAGGAGGCGGGGCCCUUCGUUCACGGUAUCUCUGUUCUCCGCGUGCGGCACGAGGAGAAUGCCACGUAGGAGGGGAAAGGAGCGCGCUUCGUGCGACCUUCGCUUCUUAACGGCGCCGCUUGGAGCGCUGUUGUACGUGCGCGGCUUUACGGCGACGCGAGGACACACCUGUGAGUUUCUCAACAUUUUCAUCAAAAAUAUCCACUUCUAUACGGCACCACAGUUUCCGGAUAACGAAACAACAAUAUAAAUGAACAAUGAGUGGAACGGCGACAAUGACGAUGACGUUGACGAUGACGAUGACGUUGACGGGAGUGACGGUGACGGUGGUGGCAGGCGAGAGGUAGAAAGCAGGAGGCAACGCUGGCAACACUGGCUAAUGCUGCGGGGCGAAGUAGUGCAUUGGCGUACCAACUGGCAGGCAGUGCCCGCCUACCAGGCGGAGCCCGCAUGAUCUAUAGCGUCAUAGAACACCCCGGCUGCCGUGGUAGGAACUCAAUGGCUACGCCCACUCUGCCGAACGUGCGCGCUCUGCCCCCGCCACCUCCACCUCCACCUCCACCAGCAACAGCAGCAGAACCACCACUACCACCGCCACCACCACCACCACCACCACCACCACCACCGGUCCAGAGGAUGUUUAUGCUCUUGGCUGGCGAGCGUUCGUCGAUGAACGAUGGAAGGUUACGAGGAUGACGACGACACACACUUUUGCAUCAAGUGUCACUUGACGAUACAUGGAUUGGAAAAUUACGUUCGUCAUCGUCAAUCAGGAUGCCGUCCGCCAGAUGAGAAAGCAGAAACCGCACGAGAAUCCCCAUCAACGCCAACUACGGUUUCUUAUCCUGAGAUACUGAACGCGGAUGCUUUCUUCAGUUCGUUGGAAUUACAAAGUAGCUCGAAAUCGAAUCCCAGACGUACGAAUACUCUAUUAGAGAGUAACAGAAAAUACAAGAAGAACGAACGCCGAAAGAAGGGACAGAAGAAUCAACCGGAUACCGAGGAUUCCAAAGAAAAACUUCACAGUAUGUUACCCGGUGAUACCGACUUGGACGAUUCCGAGGAACAUCUUUGCAUUCCGUCUUUCGUUGGGUUCCCGGAUAUCGUCACUUCCACCGCCAAUAAAUCUGCAACUACGGUAGGUCCAAAUAAAUUGAAUCAAUCGAUUAGACAUACGACGAUGAACAUCGAAGGAUCGAGUUUUCCGAUCAAACACGAGCCGGAUAAUUCUUUGGAAGGUCUCGUAACUGAAUCGAAACAAGCCGAUAGAAAAAGACCAGAAGAAAAUCCAAGAAUAGAGCAGGAUCAUCAAACAUGGCUCGACGAUACGAUAUUAGCCGAUCUCGUGGAAAAUAAUGAAAAUAAGGAUUUGCCCAGGUACGAAGAAUUCGAAUAUCAACAAGACGUUGAUUCGGACGAUGACAUAUUAGAUGAGGAUCUUGCCGAAGAUGAAUCUUAUUCCGAGUCCGAUGACGGUGAAGAUCAGGAAAGACCACCUAGAGGUCAUACAGGUGGAAAAUGGAAGCCUGGCUUGAAUGAUCUUCCUCAAGGUAUACCUCAGUUACAGGACGACGAGGUUGAAGUUGAAGAGGAUCAACAUUCGGAACAUCCGCCACCCACUUAUACCGGUGGCAAGUGGAGACCUACUGAAUCAUCUCAGAAAGUCGAGGAUUAUCAAGGGAAGAAUACAACGGGACAACCACCACCAGAACAUACUCGAGGAAAAUGGAUACCGGGUGCGCAAACGGAUAUCGACUCGGGAUAUUGGUGCAAUCCUUGCGGUAGGAAGCUUGCGUCGCGAUUGGUCUAUAACAGGCAUCUUCUCUCUGAUUUGCACGCUCGGAGAAGCAUUCGAGAGAUCGACGAUGGUGUUCAUCUACCGCGUGCCGCUACUUCGGCAAGGAGAAUAUUAACGCGACGGCAAAUCGCACUAGCCGAGAAAAGCAAACGUACAUUUGAAGAUAAAGAAGUCAAGAAGAAUCCUCGUAAAAGGGAGAAAGAAGUACUCUCCUGUGAGAUGUGUCACGCUCGCGUGAGAAAAGCUCAAAUGGGUAAACAUUUGCUUUCCCAUUACCAUUGUCGCGUGGCGGGAAUAAAUCCUCGAAGUCCAAGGGCGCGUCGUUUUCUCUUGGAGAACAUGGCGAACGUAGUUCGCCAGUGUCCAUUUCAAUGUGCCUCUUGUCGUUUCUAUUGCAACACCCAAGAAACGUUUUUGCUUCAUUGGCACUCGGAUCUUCAUUCUAGGACCUUAGAAAAAAUCAGUGGAAGCUAUCGAUGUGGUUCUUGCGAUUUUUGGUGUGCGGAUGGGGAAACGAUGGAAACCCAUUUAUUAAGCACGAGUCAUUGUGACGUUGUUUCAAUGAUGAACGGUUCGGUACCUGUGGUAAUCAGUCGUCAACAAGCAUUGCCCUGUAGCAGCUGCAACCGUCAAUUCCGAUAUAAUCUGCAGCUGCGACUGCACGUCAAGGAGACAGGACACAAGGAAAGCUUCACAGCAUCGGACGAGUAUCAACGGCGUAUCGUUUGCAGCAUGUGCCCCCAAGUCGUGAGGUCCUUGGUAUCACUUCAACGCCAUCAGUUAACCUGUCACGUUAACAAGGAAAGGGAAAAGAACGAAUUGGCCGUUUCCACGCAACCAACGCCUUAUUUUUGUUCAUUUUGCUCGAUGAACUUUGCAACCGCUCAGGAAGCCGUUCUUCAUAGAAGAACGUCCGCACACAAAGAGAUUGUUAGAGCCCAAAAAUCCGUUACCGAAGAGAAGUCCAAAAGCAUGUUACGAGAUUGUCCGCAUUGCGACGAGAAACAAUCGACUCUCACGGAACACAAGGAUCAUCUUCUCAACAGACACCCUGACUUGUGUCACAGGUGUCCACAGUGCGGAAUACUUUUCGCUCUUUCGCAAGAUGUAACAAGACACACCAGGGACAACAAGUGUACCAAGAAAAAGGAAGAAACUGAGUCUAAAUCGACGGUUGUUAAGGAAGAGUGGAAAUGCAAAACUUGUAAUUUCUCGACGGAUUCUCAAGCGGAAUUGAUAUUUCACGAGGCUCUUCAUGCGGGCACCGUUCAAUCGAGCAAAGACGAGGACGAUAAUAAUGGCAAGUCGACCGUUAAAUAUCGUUGUCCUCUCUGUAAAAAAACUUACACAAAAGUAUCCCUAAGGAAUCACAUAAGAAGUCAUACGGGUGAACGACCAUUUUCAUGUGCCAAAUGCUACGUAACAUUUGUAAGAAGAUCUGACUUGAAUGCUCAUCAAAGAAGUUGCUCAUCGGUAUCAAUGGCUGGUUGGCCGAACGAGAUUCACCGAAGAAGAAGUUUUAUCUGUUCGGAAUGUAAUGAUGCCUUUUACACCAAACACGCAUUACGACAGCACAUGCUCAGGCAUGCCGGUAAGAAGUACAAAUGCGGUCUUCCUGGUUGUCCUACGGUACUCCGUACAGCUUCCGAGUUGAAGUAUCAUCGUUCGUUGGUUCACGACAGCACGUCCACUAAUAGACGGUAUCCAUGCGGCCACUGUUCUUACGCGGCCAAAACGAAAACUCAACUUCGCAGGCAUCAGGUCAGGCACGAAGACUCAACGAGCGUGGAGAAACUUGGAUAUCAUUCCUGUCCUUACUCCGGUUGCAGUUUUAGAACCAGACUCAGCUUUCAUCUAAGACGACACGUGCGGCUACACACGGGCACCAAACCGUACAAAUGUCGUCAUUGUACGUACGCCUGCAAUACUCUGGAAAAUCUGAGAAAGCACGUACUAUCGAAGACCCUUCAUCCCGGCAAGACGAUCUACGAAUGCGACUUUUGCGCAACGAAAACAACCGAAAUAUUUUGCACAAACUUCGCCAAAGAAUUGCGAGCUCAUCUUAUGGAUGCACACAGCGACAAAUUUCCAACCCCAGAACACGCCCGUAAUUACAUUCUCAAUAUGUUCGAAAUCGUUCGCGAUUCUGAACCUUUAGAUGUGCCAAAUUGAAUAAAACGUAUUGUCCGUAUAAA